CUCUACUUCAUCACGCGGCUGGAGCUGGACUCAACCGGGGUCAGACUCAAGGGUUUUACCUUUUUACUUUUAUCCUUUUCACCACCGAUCGGCUCGUUAGCUGCUUGGGCGAUCUGUCACGUCUCUGUUACUUUUCUUUUUAAUUUAUUUUACAGACAGUUUCAUCAUGUGUCCCCUGAAGCCGGUGACACAUGUUAUAUUUGAUAUGGAUGGCCUCUUAUUAGACACAGAAACACUCUACACUGCUGCCACAGAAAGUGUAAUUGAGCCAUUUGGGAAAAUUUUCACUUGGGAGCUUAAAGUGGCCCAAAUGGGACAGACAGCUGAAAACUGUGCUAGAAUAAUCAUCAAUACCUUGCAAAUUUCCCUCUCUGUGGAGGACUACAUCAAGCAGGUGACGCAGAUUCACCACAAGAUCAUGCCAUCUGCACAGCUCAUGCCAGGUGCUGAGAAGCUAGUUCGCCAUCUUCACAAGCACAACAUUCCCAUAGCCAUUGCUUCAGGUGGGGCUCAAGAUAGUUUUGAACUGAAAACAACAAAUCACAAGGAAUUUGUGUCACUGUUCAGUCAUGUGGUAUUAGCUUCCACAGACCCAGAAGUUGAAAAUGGGAAGCCAGCUCCUGAUGUGUUUCUCAUAUGUGCCAAGAGGUUCCCUGACAGCCCAAACCCAGAUCAGUGUCUGGUGUUUGAGGAUGCUCCAAAUGGUGUGGAAGCAGGAGUUAAAGCUGGUAUGCAGGUGGUGAUGGUUCCUGAUCCUCGCUUGGCUCAAGAAAAGACAAAAGGUUCUUCACAAGUCUUGAAAUCUCUUGAAGACUUCAAGCCAGAAUUAUUUGGUCUACCCACUUAUGAUGACUAACUUUCAGUUGUUGAGAUGAACUGAGGAAACUCCUUAAGCAAGAAAGUACUAAGUUUUUACAGAAGUCAUCUUCAUAUACAGACAGGAAAUCCUUCAUCAAAACUACAAAGAAAUUUUUGCAGUGUGUAGCUGUAUUACCUCCUUCCUCCAUGUGUCGUAUUACCUCCUUCCUCCCUGUGUCUCCUUUAAAGAUACAGUACAUCCAUCCUGUUUACCUUUUAGAUUUAUGCCUGGAAAAGUAGGUGAGAUUUGACCACCAUUUGUUUGCUGGUAGAAGUAUGUUAACAGUGCCAUUAAUUAUUAAAGAACAGUACCCUAUAUACUAAAAAUUAUGCAGCAACUAUGGACAAGUAAAAUUAUGUUGCUAAUGAAAGACAAAUCCUUUUACCAAGUUGAAGAGAGGAGGACUGAACUGCCUUUAGGUUGUUAUUUUUGUUACAGGUAAUAUAUUUUGAGAGGUUGUCUUAAUUAUAUAAAAUAGAAUUGUAAAUGGUUACUGUAUUGUGAAAUUAACUUAAAAAAUUUGUAGAAAAUAUCAGUACAGUAAAUGCAAUUCUCAGAUAUAGAGAGGGAUGGUGUCACAUUGUAAAUGAGAAACAGAAGAGAUAACAGUCUUGACCACAUAAGUUUAUUAUAAAAAAUUUCAAGUUGUGUUCAUUUUCUUCAUAUCAGAGGACAAGCAUUUUCAGGAUAGUGUUUGUACAAUAAUCUUAAAUAAUAACAAUCAGUUUUAUAACUCAUCAAGUUAUGGCAGCUAAUGUGCUAUGCAUUCUCUAAAAGGAAAUUACAGGGUAUUUCUUUGUUCUAAAUAAUUUGUGUUUAUUCUGUUACCCAGUGCUAUAUGUGCAAUUGUCUGAAUUCAAUGAGCUAAUUAUUUUCCUCUUGAAAAGUAGGGUGGCAUUUGCAAACUCUUAUCUGGAAACUUUCGAUAUGGUACCUCUGCUUGCUAGUACAGUACAGGUUGACAAUCCCUUAUCCAAAAUCCUUGGGACUAGAGGCAUUUCGGAUUUCGGAAUUUUUCGGUUUUCAGAAUGGUUAUUUUUUUUUUA